UUUGUAUUUCCUGUAUCUUUAGAACUUGAUUCUGUGUAACCUGUAACUUAAUGGAAGUUCAGUUAGAUCGUGUCAAUUGUCAGUUUCUUGUUUUCAUCCUAACCCUGUGUGAUCUAACAUCAGAGUCUAGGUGACGCUGUCGCAGGUAUGUGUAAACCACACACACAACGACCUGUCAGCUGUUUGGCUUCGUGUACUGUUGUUCAAGACCAGAACUAAGGGUAUUUCAACCCCGUUAGUUCAGUACCUGUAGUCUGAAACCCUCACAGGAUAUGUGUCUGUCAACAUUUCUAUUGGAUGGGCCAGUUGACCAAUGCAGACCUUCAGAAUGUUUCAAUUAUUGUAAGAGGAAAAAAUAAUGAAAGUGUUUGUUUGGGUCGCUGUGACAGAGUAGGUCAUUAUUAUGUCUUUAGAGUUCAAUUGAAAAGCAUGCUCUAUGGAUAGAACACAAAGUCACUUUUAUAAAAUCAAACAGUCAUUUCAUUUGAUGAGGUCAAAUCAUCGAAGGUUCAAACAAAGCCUUUCUUUUGUGUGUAAUUAUCGAUCACAAAGAUUGAUAGAUUCCAAACCAGACAAGUAGCACAGUGUUCACGUUGUACAGAUAGUCAUGCUCAGGUCACGUGACUUAGAAUUACAUGCAUUCAUAAAAUGUAAACUGUCAAACGUCGGAAUGGAUUAGACAGAACAAGGCUUCUAGAGUUGACAAACACAAGUAGCUAGCUGACCAAAGAGAACAAUGCAGCUACCGAAUAUAUGCAGACUAUUCACAAGUUUAGGUCACUCUUAAGUGGAUCAUCUACUGCAUUGUACGUCUCAGAAGUGCCUCCAGGAUGAAGAUUUAUCAAAUCCUGGCAAAAACCUCCCGAAGGCUGGCAGGAGAUGACGGCGUCCUGAAUUUGAAUUCAGCAUCAUCGUGGCGCCAGUCCAGAGUCUAUUACACAGACAGCAAUCCAUUUCAUUCUAAUGGACCAAUUCAUUUUACGUAGACUGUUGUGCAGAUAAUAUUGUGUAGCUUUUGUCUUUAGUUGGCCAUCUAUUUAUAGUCUUGUGCUUCACUUUACAUGUAAAGCUUAUCCUCAAUGGACUAUCACUACUGAAGUCAUAAAUUCAGUUCAAACUAAAUCAAGCAGCAUUAAAUCUUAUCAGCUCAGUCUAAAGCAGUGUCAACAAGCCACCUGUAUACAUCUAAAGUGCAUAUUUCUUUGUGCUCUAUUGUUUUGUAGAACUGACUCCUGUCAUAUUUGUUUCGUUUCUUAAUUAAUUUUCACUUUUUUCUUUCGGCACAUUUACGUGCAGUACUUCUUGAGAGGAUUACAACUUUGGAAUCAACAAGGAAGUCCCAUCUAUUUAUGUUUAACCUUGUGGCUAAAAACGUGCAGAGCGGAUAAAAAAAAAGAUUUAUAGUUGGCAAACUGUUCAAGCCAGUCUUAUUGUGAACUGGAUAACCUUUUCAUCCAUCAUAAUAAUAAGACUAUUUGAAAAGUCACAACCUCAGAUUAUUCCUAACAAAUUUUAAACAGUUUUUGUGACAAAUUUCUUACAGUGCAAAUAUGAAACUAAAAGACUGACAAAUAUAUUAAUUACAGGUUCAGUUUGUAGAUCUAACUAUGGUCGACUAAGCGUCGAUCGAAACUUUAAUAAAAAUAAAAACUAUAGAUAUGCAUAACUAAUAAGAAAAAUAUGGCUGGUGAACAUAUAGAUAAGUGCAAUGUGCCAGAGAAGGAGAUUAAGUUUGGAUCACUUGACACCCAUACGAUGCAAAGGUCUCGCUCUUUAAACGAAUUACCAGGUCACCAUAGGGUUACCAUACUAAAACGACAGGAUACAGAAAGAACAAAAGCUCGUUUGGAAGCCGUUGCAGCUGGUAUGGAGGAAUUAAAACACUUAAGAAAACAGCACCAGCAGAGGAUGGAAGAAACUCUAUGCGAGUCGUCUAAGAAACAACAAGACCAUACCACAGAGCUGGUCCAUCGGCAUAGACCUAAUGAAAGGCAUCGCACUAGUAUGCCGUCCUUUUAUCAAGAAAGGAAUCAUAAAUACGCUCGAGAUUAUCCCGAGAAUAAUGUAGCUCAUGAUAAAAGCAAGCAUCAAAGAAACAACCCACAGCGUGAUUUAGACCAUAAAAGAAACCCUUCCCAAAGUCCUGUAGAAAGCUUAAGACAAAAUCGAACAGACACACAAAAUAAUGCGAGACAGUACAAUACUAAUUCAGAUAUAGUAACGCCACAAACAAACAGACCACAAGAAAUUCAAAAGGUGUGUGACUUUGACCACCGACAGGGGAAACAUCAAGAUGCUCCAAUGGAGUACGCAAGAACUCAAAACGACGACCAGCUUAGAAGCCGCAAACAGCAAAAUGAAUACAUGCAUUCAGUUGUAUGUGUUCAAUCUGAACCGAAAGUAAGAGUAUCAAAUAAUCAAACUGCUGCUAGAAAAGAAAGAACAAGUAGCCAAGAUUAUUUAAAUUCUCAAAACAAUAAUAGGUGUCAAAAUGUAACUUUUCAAGAUUGUUCAAUAGUUUCUAAUGAUUCGAGACAGCGAAGUGCAAACAUUUCUGACUAUUCCCAACAGCGUGGUCACAAUAAACCAUUCUACCCUACCACCGCACCAAUAUCUCAUUCAAAGGAGCGAUGUUCCUCACUCAAUAAAAGUGUAAAUCAAAUGAAAGAACACACCUCCAACGUUCCAAUAAUACAGACCCCAACCAACUUUUCCUCUACUUCGUCAUGGUCAGAAGAGGACAGGCGUGCAACAAUCUACACAAGUUCAUCGCAUAGGUCUCCCAAUCUUAAUCGACAGAUCAAAACUUCAGUGUCACUGUCACCUCAGAGAAAGUACGCUUCUAACAAAGUUUGUGGAGACAAUACUUGUGGAGACAAUAAUUGUGGAGGCAAUACUUGUGGGAACAAUAAUUGUGGAGUGAAGUUAAAGGAGCCCAAUACGUUUCACAAAGCACAAAACUUGGAUGCAUCUGGUACUAGAGAUCACUGUCACGUGGUGCUGUCUGUAAACGAGAGCGACCCUAACCAUCAAAACAAAAGGGCACCUAUAAAACAGAUGGCGCACUAUGACGAUAAUUCUGCCUCCAUUGCCAGGCAUAAGGACUACGAUCACAAACUAUCUCAAUUUCUAAUGCAACAAAGUAAUCAACGGUUUUCUAGGGGGAGAACUCAGUCAGUUCACGAAAACUUUUAUUACUUUCCGACACGUACAGAUAAUAGCAAUAUCUCAACUAAUCAGAAAGACGAUUCUAAAGUAAUCAAAAGAGCUUCACCACAGCAAUACAAUACAGACAAUUUGAACAGCAGAUCGUUACAGAAUAAUUGUGUGAAUUCAGACUGUGUGCUUUCUGUCCCUAGCGAGGCGAAUAAAAAUUCUAAACUCAGUGAGCAACGCUUCCUGAACACUUCAUCUAGUCACAAAAGUUUUUCUUGGGAAGAGCUUCUAGUAGCUGUUGGACUCAGUAAAAAAGAAACGCAAAUUAAUCGUGAAAAUAGCAGAGAAUCUAUUUUUAAUGACACCAUAGAUUUAGAUGACUGUCAAAGCAAGUUAACCACUACCGGUACUAGCACAAACACAAAUACUUUGGAAGACGUCAAGAAAAAUGAUGAUGAAAGCAGGAGUUCCUAUAAACUUGGCUUGGCUAAACCCUACAGAAGUCAGUCUUUCUCCAUCCAAGUGGAACCCUCUCGAAAUGUGCAAUACCCCGACGAAGUGCAUUUGCAAAGCAAGCCUAUUUUUAACUGGAUUGGUAUUUCAAGGCACCCGAGUUUAAGUACAAUCAGCUCAAAAAUACUAAACCCACUUCAUGAAGUGGAUCUCAGAUCUAUGAACCAACCAGGCCCAGUGCAUGCAGUAACAUUACAAUAUGCUGGACUGACUACCAGGCACAUGUCUCUGGGAACCAUUCCAAGUAUUUCACAUACAAACUGCAGGAAUGAAGAAUUGCACUCGACUAUGCAGAAGUCUGACUUAACUGGCAAAGCUCAUUUAGCAUUUGAAAUGUUUAAACUACAAAAAGAUUCUCCAAUCUCGAAAGUGUCUCAUCCGGAACCUCGUCACAGUUUCAAUCCAAAAGACCUCAGAUUGUCUGGCAAUAGGUCUCAUGACGUAGAUUUAAAGACUCAACCUCUGCAUGACCUACAGACUUCAUCCUGUUUAAUGAACAACAAACCAAACACUAUGUUGUCUGUCCCCUUUGAUGAUAUUAACUCGCCUACAUCUGUCGCACAAACCAGGUCCCACAAUGCAACAUCUACUUUCUCCCCUAAAAUGUCUCCGAUUAAAACUAUCGUUGAAGACUGUGAAGACGUGUUUGAAAACUGUCUCCAGUUGAUUACACCUCUCAUCAAACCCAGGAGUCUUUCAGACACAGCGGACACAUCAAAGUGUAGGAAUCAACACAAUGCCUCGUCCAUCCUGAAGACAUCCGCCCAUUUAUCAGACUCGAGACAAGAAACGACAGAAAUGAAAAUCGUUACUGUAAUAGAUGUCUCCAUGUUGGCAGGUGUACCAACAGAUAGCAACAGUUCUAACCGUGCUGAUGUCGAAAGCAUGUAUUCAGACUUCAGAUCUUCAUCGUCUAAUUCCGCAACACUGACCUUGAAUGCUGGUGACGUAGUGGUUGUAGAGGGCACUGCCUCACAGAAAACAAAGGCUGAUACUCAGUCCAGGGACAACAACUCUGUCAGCAGUGGAACUCUCAAAAUUGACAGUGCAUAUAGCAAUAACUCGUUUCAAGAGUUGGAGCAAAGUCAAAGUGAACUCAGCAAAAGCCAAACUGAUCCUGGCCUCUUCUCGACACUAGAUGGGAACACCGACACAUCUUGUGGGAAGGAAUGUAAACCACAUAUACUGGUCAAUUCUAAUGUCUUUCAGCAGACACCAUCUGAAUUAUUUACACAAGUUUCCUGUAGUGUAAUGACACCAGCCAACGUACAGUCUUUCCAUAACAUUGUCACGUCUAGAUCUACAGAAAGGAUAGAUGACGCUACGACAAUCAUGAACGAACAGACCCGCAACCCAAUUAGCGAUCAAACUGAUACUGAUAAAGAAUCUUUAGCCUUGGAGAAAACAAAACAAGGUCAAUGUGAUAUUAAAUUACUAUCUCCUCCAAAAAAGAGACAACCAUUUAAACAAACUGAUGUUUGAUUGUGUUGUUAAUAAAAAUUACAUUUUUUUCAUUAAUGAUUUUUUUAAAAACAGGUUCUGAGAUCAAUCUCAAGCAUGUAAUUUAACAGUGGAUUUCACUUAAUCAUUAAAACAAAUUUUACAUUAAAUGAAGUUAGUCAACCAUUAAAAAUUAAUAUGCUUUUUAAAAUGUUGGGCCAAAAAUGUUUUAAUUAUUGUGAUUUGUGAUUAUAUCUUUGGAUUAUUAAAGGAAACUCUAUUGAUGUAUAUUUAUUACAUUGUAUAUUUAUUAAUUUAUAUUUUUUAUAUUAAAAUUUUACUUAUUAACUGUAUGCUGAAAGUCAUAAGCCCUGUUUGAAAUUACAUAUUACAGAAUUGUGAUAUUUAUUUUGUAGAUUAAAAUUUACUAGAUUUCA